UCUGGUUUUCAUCAGGUUGUGUGCGCUCUGAUUUCACAUGAGAUCAUAAAUACAUGACCACAACUCUUAACAGAAAUCACAUGAGAAAUAACCACUUGGUGGAACAGGGACAGAUGCUGCUGAUUUGGAUGGUACGGUUUUAAAGGUGUACUUUCUGAAUGGAUUGAGUUUCCAAACUAUGGUCUCCUCACUCCACAGCAGCGUGUCCACUGUCUCUGUUCAUGGUGCUGAUGGUGUUGACGGCGCUGACCUCGGUGCUGAAGCCGCGAGAUUUAUGACAUCUGUACAAUUUCCAUCCCUUUCUUUAAUUUUUGAACAUAUAUGGCGACAUAAAUUACUUAGAUUUUUCUAAUGAAUCUGUCCACACUGUAACCUCAGGUACGAUCAAUCCUUCACUUCCUUGUGGCAUUAUCAGAGUCGGUCACUGACAAACAUAAAGCAACUUUAGCAGAACAUGCGGUUAUAUUUUAAGAAAGAGCGGAACUUCUGAGACUAAAACUCUCUGUAAUGUGCGUGUGUCUGUGAUGGUCAGACCAGAUACAAUCAGGUUUUGAAGUUGUGCUAAAUGAUGCCAGAUGUUGGCAUGUGGCUCUUGGGUACAGUGAGCUGGCAUUUUACCUCUGGGGCUAAUCCGUGUUGAAUAUUGAUACUUUGGCUGCAGAAAUGUGUUCCUGGGAAACCUGGGUCGCCGCGCUCACAGCCCGCACGUCACUGUCCUGACAUCAGCACACAGCUUAAAAACCCGCAGCACUGAGCAGUGUAAACACAGCCAGGCACACACCUUCAUGUGGGCGCAUCAGGAGCCAAACACGCUGCUGGAAACACAGAACAGAAGAAACACUUCAACGUGGUGCACUUCAUGCCCAGUCGGAAACAGGAUAUUUCAGGAUGUAACUGGACCAUUAAUCUCGGUUUACUUUGAGUAGCGCUAUAUUCUUCUAAACACCACAGAAAGUUCUUGCACUUUAAGCCUCGUGCAGUGUUGCUUUUAAUAAUGAUCAACGACACUCUUGUGUUUGGAGAACUGGACGCGAAUGUCUCUGAGCCGCUGACUGCUCUCACUCUCAGCCACAACCGCAGUGCGCUCUGGCUGGAGUCCAAGUCUCUGGUCACUUCAGCCACAAUGUUCGCCGUGGGAGUCCUGGGGAACCUGAUUGCCAUAGUUGUGCUGUGUAUCUCCAAAAAGGAGCAGAAGGAAACCACUUUCUACACCCUGGUCUGCGGGAUGGCGAUCACAGACCUGCUGGGCACAUGCUUCACCAGCCCGGUAGUGAUCGCCACAUACGUAGCCAGUCGCUGGCCAGGAGGCGCGCUGCUCUGCCACUUCUUCUCCUUCUCCAUGCUCUUCUUCGGGUCUGCGGGGAUGUCCAUCCUGUGCGCCAUGGCCGUGGAGCGAUACCUGGCCAUAAACCAUGCGUAUUUCUACUCCCAGCACAUAGACCGGACAAUGGCGCGUUUUGCGCUGCUGGUCACCUACCUCGCCAACAUCGUAUUGUGCAUCAUGCCCAGUUUUGGCUUCGGGCAGCACGUCAGGCACUUUCCCGGGACCUGGUGCUUCCUGGACUGGAGGGCGAUGGAUCCACUCGGAGCCUGCUACUCCUUCCUGUAUGGCGGCGUGAUGCUGGUGCUGAUCGCAGUCACAGUUUUGUGUAACUUGGCGGUGUGCAGGUCGCUGGUGGGGAUGAACCAGAGGACAGGGAUAGUCAGGACGGAGUUGUGUGAGCAGGGCGGUUCACGUCGCCUCUUCCCCCGGCUGCCGUCGGUCACCUCGGCGGCGGAGAUCCAAAUGUUCUGGCUUCUGAUCUUCAUGACCAUCGUGUUCCUGGUCUGCUCCAUCCCUUUAGUGGUGCGAAUCUUCGUCAACCAGCUGUAUGACCCUGCCUAUAUUUCUGCUGGGGGGAAGCCUGACUUCCGGAGUGACCUGUUGGCGAUCCGCUUCGCUUCAUUCAACCCCAUAUUAGACCCCUGGGUGUACAUUUUGUGCCGGAAAAACCUGCUGCUCAAGGGCUGUGAGAGGCUGAAGAGGACAGUGGCACAGGUUAAGGACGGUCGUAGGGACAACAUUCGCUGGGUAGGAGGUCAACACUCCCCCCCGUCUUUACACAGCAAUGACACAAGUUACGCGUCAUUACGCACAGCCAGCUACAGGAACGACUUGGAACACCAGGUGUCGAUCAAAAAUAAAUCCUUUACGGACUUCGCGAUGAGGCAAGCGUGGGAGUACGACACCGCCCGGGUCAACUUUCACCCCUUCAGCGUCGAGUCGACCGCGAUCCUCGGGUGUGAGGAGGAAGUAGCAGCUCACACCAAACAGGAGGUGGCGUCCAAGUCGUCUCCCGGAAGAAGUCCAACACCGCUGCUUAGAAGAGUGGACAUCGUCACCUGCACGUUCAGCACACCGAGCUCCUGUCAGUCAGCGAAAUGCCUUUGAUGGACAUUGAUCUGCCGACACAAGUUUAGAAACAGUUCAAAGUCUGACAGCUGUUCCAGCUGCUCCAGCUGCGCAGCAAACUGGUUUUAAUUCAACUAGGAGAAACAUCAACGAUGCCAGUGAUAAACUCUACACCUGUCUUAUAUGAUUUAACCUGCAGCAGAAAGGCUUUGUUUUAAAUGUAUUUCCAUUACAAGCACAACAGCAGAUUGUGCAGUAGGCUAUACAUAUAUGUAUAUGACAGUCCUGUUUUACAUUUCCAACACCUUUUUCUUAUCAACCAGAACAUGUGUCCAUUUAGAUGAGGCCCAGAAAACCCGCUUAAGCUGAUUGUUCAUAUAACUUGUAUGAAUGUUUGCAGUAAACUUGGUGGAUAUUGAAAGAUGCACAGUAUCACUGGUAGUGGUAGUUUUAGGGUCACUUUCAUAGAAGAAUCUAACUCCUGCUGAAAGAUGCUAGAUGAAGCUGUGGAGUCCAUUUCCAAAGAUGGAAGUUUAUGCUAAAUAUCAUCAUACCCCAUGGGUACAAAUGUGUGACACUCUAAGAGUUUGAUAAACUGUAUGAAUCCAUAUGUGCCAUUCACAAUACAUGACCAUUCAUUAUGUGUUGUUGCAUUUCAUACUUUGAUGUACAUGCUGCUAUUUUACUCUGUGCCAUUUAACAGUGUUGCAUGAUGCAGGGAAAACUGAAUGUAGACCUUUUGGACCUAAAUUAUCUUGUUUUAUAUUUCACAUUUACAUGUAAUGUUUUGAUAUUUGCAGUUGUAAACAGCCAAAACGAACAUAUCACCUUUUAAAAAAAGAAAAAGACAUAUAUAUGUUAUAGCUGUAAGCUAUAUGACCUGUGGUACUUGCUGGAUGUGUUGGUGGGUCUGUGCAGAGAAAUAA